AUGUCCUCCUUUCCAGCCGUGGUAGGGGAGGGUGGCACGAGUGUCACGGGUGGCAGCCCGGACGUGCAGGCGGAGAUAGUACAAACAAUCGAGGCUCAGGCAGGGAGCCAUUGCCCAGCCGCGCAUGGGGUGCGGCGCAGUUGCCACGGCAUCGAGUGCGUGAACAUGGAUGCAAUGUGCUUGUUCAUGCUUCAACAGUGUGGAGCCGGCGCCGGGGACACCGAAGCCCAAAGGAUGCAGCGAGGCGCCCCUUGGCGGCUCGGUGAACUUCACGUUGGAUGCGCCCGGACGAAGAUCAGUGUGGCUUUACCUCGUCCUGCCCGAGGGCCACGAAGGUGCUUCCAUUCUGGGCACUUGUGGCGAGUUUUACUUGCAGCUUGA